CAGGGGUCCUUGAAGUUGAGUUUCCCUGGCAACUAUUGGCAGCACGGCACUCUUCCAGACAUGGUAGCUAUUUUCUGAACAUUUCCUGGUGUAUGUAAUUGUGAUGGUCUACAGCCACUUUGGAUUCACCUGUCUGAUCCAUCCAUGGCCCGUCCCGCUCCAUCCCCCGUUUAUACUUUAAGAGGGGCCGGCGCGCCCCUUAACACCCUCCACUUUAGAUGCCCUGCAGGAGACACCCCCCUGCUGUUCUCUGGGUCUGCGAAAGGUGCCAUCCACAUGUGGGACCUGAACAGCAGGAGGGCAGAGCAGGUAGUGGAGGCUCAUUGUGGUAAUUCAGUCAUCUGGCUCAGCACGCUGCGGUCUGGAGAGACCCUCAUCAGUCAGGGACGCGACAUGCAGGUCUGCCUGUGGGACCUGAAGGACGGCCGCAGUGAGGUGGUGGACUCCGUGUGGACGGGCAGCGUUGGAUUCUGUCAGUGCUCGGUGCUGGAGACGAGCCCAUCAAACUUCCUGCUGGCCUUUGCUGGCCCGCAGACUGAGGAGAUCAAGAUUGUGGAGAUGCCCGGUAAGAACCCAGUCUGCUCGCUGGUGCCGGACGCACAGCUGGGAAUGGUCAUGUGCGUGCAGCUGUGGAAGCCAGACUCGGGUCUUGGACCUCUCCUGUUUGCUGGAUACGAGGAUGGUUCCCUGUUGCUGUGGGACGUAACCCAGAGGUCCGAGCUGAGCCGUGUCAAAGCCCACCCCGAGCCCGUCAUGUGCCUGACCUUUGACCCCAGGCGUCUGAGGGGCGUAUCGGGCUCCUGUGAGAAGAAGCUCUCUUCGUGGAUGCUGGACAGCCAGAACAACAUACAGCUCCAGGACUGCGUGAUGCUGGUCAAUCCGGGGGUUUCUCAGCUCCGCGUCAGGGAUGACGGCCGGCUGCUGGCCUCCGCAGGCUGGGACCACCGAGUGCGAGUGUUUGGCUGGAAGAAGCUGCGGCCGCUGGCGGUGCUUCAGUACCACACAGACAUGGUGCUCAGUGUGGCCUUCUCUGAUCACCAGGACCCCAGGCAAAGACUGCUGGCUGCGGGAUCCAAGGACCAGCGCAUCAGCCUGUGGUCCAUAUACAACCAGGGGCCCGACACAGUCUGAAUCCCAAAGCAAGAAUAUCUUCAGCGCUGAUCUGUAGCGACCCAUUUUGGAUCUUUGUUGUGACGCGAUUGCAUUCAAGUAGACAUGGACCGGUAUCAGCUUCUCACCAUAUGAUAACGACGAGGAACAAAUGACACUGUUUUACUAAAAACAGCAACAAGUGUUCCUUCUGCUGCUAAAAUAGUAUAAAAUAUUGCUUAUUGCAGCUACAAUACUGUCCAUAUAAUUUAAAAAAAAAUAUUGCUGCCACGUCAAGAGCUACUUUUAAUGGUUUACAUUAGCAUUUUUUAAUUAUAUUUGCAACUUUUAGUGCCUUUUUUAAAUAUAUAUUUUAUGCCAAAUAUAUCAGUUGUUAAGUCAGGGGUCAGUAACCUGCCUGAACCAAUGAGCCAGUUUAAGACGUCAUUGCGAUUGUGCAUUCCAACAAUCUUCUGCCUUUAACCCGUCACCCUUAGGAAGCAGUGGGCAGUUUACAGCACCCGGGGAGCAAUCUGGAGUCAAGAGUCUUGUUCAGGGACCCACAGUCUGCAGGGUUCAAACCGGGUCCUUGCAGCCUUCUCAGAGCUCAAGCACUCUGCUCUGACCACCAGAUCACCACUUUCUGAUUACCCUUUUGCUUUUGCUCCUAUUAAAGGGAAUUUGUCUAGAGACACAAGACCUGUGCAGUCCUUGGAAAGCAAUAGAAGUCAUCAGUUUGUAAUGUUCUCUGUAUUGUUUCCCAUCUCAUUGUGAAAUUUAAAACACAAUUAAUUGUAUUUCCUUUUUUUUUAAGAGGUUUAUGACAAAGAGAGGUUCACAAUUUUUGCAAGGUGAAAAAAUAGCGUUACAUUAGCAGGAACGGUCCAAUUUGGUUAUUCAGUGAAGAGCCUGUAGAUUAAAAAAAUGCUCUGUAAACCAAAGGUUGCCUUCUACGUUAAACGCUAUUUUUCUAUUAUAGUUCCCUGCAUCACCUUGGUGCGUUGUGGUAGAGCUGCGCCGAGCUGUUAGACCAGCUGAAAUGUUUUAAUGAAGCAGCAGUUGAGCUCUUUAGCCUCCUGUUUGCUAAAGCCUAACUCGAUGCUGUGCGGCUCUGUUGACUUAUCAGAUGGAAGCCUUGCUUCAGUGGACCUGAAUUUGAGGUGUACGGCGCACCUGAGCAGCUUUCUAAUCCCGUAUUGUUGUUCUUGGAGCUUUUAGCUCAACAUGCAGUCCCCCCCCCAGCUUAACCUGGGCUGUAUUUGUCAAAAUCUUCACCACGACAGACACAGAGCACUGCCAAAAGGGAACUAAAAGGAAGUAAAACUUUCUUGAAAUGAGUGUAUUUCUGCGUGAUUUGAGCAGAUAAAUUAGGCUGUUUGCCAAAGAAAUAAGAU